AGCCUUGCGUGUGGGCGGGGUAUAGCGCAACAACAAAUCAGCGUCGCUAAUUCGCUACCGUAAUGUAAGAAGCAAGUUAGGUUGCGCACUAUAUAAUCUUCUGCUCAGCUUCUUCUCUGGAGGGGAAAGAGGGAGUAAGGAAGAUGGCGGCGGUUCUUAGUGAGGAUGGCAGGUAUGGACUGUCCUGUGGAAGGGGGACCCAGGACCAGGUUACCGUACUGCACGUCAAACUCACUGAGACCGCCUUCCGCGCACUAGAGAGCUACCAGAACACUAAGAAUUCUUUAACGUCCCGGCCAUCCAUUCAGUUUCAGGGACUGCAAGGAUGUAUCAAGAUUCCAAAGCCAGAUUGCCUUGGUGAUGUGCACAACUUUAACUUCUAUCUGUCAAAUGUGGGCAAAGAUAACCCUCAGGGUAGUUUUGAUUGCAUCCAGCAAACAGUCUCCAGUUCGGGGUUGUCCAAAUUGAACUGCCUAGGAUGCAUACAAGAUAAAAUAACAGUAUGUGCCACAAAUGACUCCUACCAGCUGACAAGAGACCGCAUGACCCAGGCAGAAGAAGAAACACGGAGCCGUAGUACUAAAGUCAUAAAACCAGGGGGACCAUUUGUAGGGAAAAGAGUCCAGAUUCGCAAACCAGCAACUAAUAUUCUAGAUACAGCACCAGAAAGAAAGCGGUCGACACCCAUUAACCCUGCGAGCACGAUAAGAAAAUCCAAUCAAAGCAGUGUAAUUGCACAGCGGCCAUAUAGAGAGAGGGUGAUUCAUCUGCUGGCACUGAAACCUUAUAAAAAACCAGAGAUACUGGCUCGAUUACAUAAAGAUGGAGUUAACCAAAAAGACAAGAACUCUCUCGGAGUCAUUCUGCAACAGGUUGCCAAUUUGAAUCCCAAGGACAAUUCCUAUACUCUAAAGGAUUUUGUGUACAAAGAAAUACAGCGAGAUUGGCCUGGGUAUCUGGAAGGUGAUAAACAUUUAUUAGAUCAAGUGCUUUCUAGAAAACUUAACCAGUCUCAAAGUAAUACCACCAGCACCAGUCAACCAGAUUCACCUCCAAUGGCAACAUCAUCAUCUCCCUCCCAGAAACGACCUCUGGAUACAGAAUUUAUUGACCCUUUGAUGAAUAAAAAGCCACGCAUCUCUCAUCUUACAAACAGAGUCCAGCCAACAAUGAAUGGUCACCUGAGUUCGGCCAAUGAAAAAUCAGCACAUGCUCCUCCACCUUCAGCUGCCACCCCAUCCCUUCUACCACUUCCUACCGCACGCCUUCCAGUUUCUAACCCACAGAAUAUAAACUCUAACUCCAAUUCUCCUAGUACCCCAGAGGGUCGGGGUACUCAGGAUUUGCCAGUGGACAGCUUUAGUCAGAACAGUGGCACCUAUGAGGACCAGCAAGAAAAAUAUACCUCUAGGACUACUCUAGAAAAUUCAGUACCAACUCAGAUAAAACUGAGUGUGUCGGAAUCAACGGACGAUAAAAGUAGCACAUUGCACAAAAAGACAAAGAAGGCCAAAAAGCAUAAGGACAAAGAACGUAAAAGACGGGACUCUGAGACUGCAGAGGAAACCAAAGCGGUGCACCUGAAAAAAGAUCAAAUUGUGAAAAUGGAACAGAGUUCCUGUUCUGAGAGAAAAAAAGGGUUGAAAGACACUUGCACUGCAUCAGAUCCAUCAUCAACUACAGAAUUACCAGAUUAUAUGGUCAAAUACACUGUCAUAGUGUCUAGUGAGCAGAGGCAAAGUUACAAAGAUGAUUUCAAUUCAGAAUAUGACGAGUACAGAAGCUUGCAUGCCCGCGUCGAAAAUGUCACCAGAAAAUUUAUGCAACUCGACACACAAAGGAAGAGUCUUUCUCCUGGUUCUAAAGAAUAUAAGACAGUACAUGAAGAGGUUCUUCAGGAAUAUCGAAAGAUGAAAGAGACGAGCCCUAACUAUUAUGAAGAGAAGUACAGAUGUGAAUAUCUGCACAACAAGCUCGCUCACAUUAAAAGACUCAUAGGAGAGUUUGACCAACAACAGGCCCAGUCCUGGCACUAAAGCUCGGCUUAAUCAAGAUGUGAAUAAAUAACAUUAUUUAUUGAAAGAAAUUCCAGAUGUGUUACGCUAGAAUUAAGAAACUUCAGGAGUUUCAGUAUUAACAGACUUUUUUUUUUUCCUUUCCAGUUCCCUGUUCCCCUGCUUAUUUAAAAGCUGCUUUUUCGUCCUUGUUCUUUGGACUUGCAUUUAUCUGUGAAGAUCAAUGUAGCUACUGACUUUUGCAGUGCCUACCAUUGAUGAUAAAAUGCUCAUUUGAAAUAAUGCAGCAAAUAAUGUGCUUUUGGAUAAAUGUCUGUCUCUUAAUGCAAAUCUUCUGCCUGAAAUGGCAGAAGGUUUAACAAAAAAAAUUUGCACAAAAUGUAUUUAAAAAAACAAACAAAAAAAGGGUUUGGAAAGUUAAGGUACAGAAAGUGUACAGAUCACCGAAAUACCGUCUGUCUUUAACUUGAACUUUGCAGACUGUACCCCCCACUGCAAUGGAUGCCUUAAGGUGUUUGCUUGUCUUUACUUGGGUAGCAAAAUGGCUACUCUGCUUCCCCUUUUUCUUUACCAUAGGGAAGCACACUAUGGCCUAUCGGCGUCUGAGAGUGUGCUUGGAUGCGUGCCUGGGCUGAGUGGGUGUGAGCAUGCAAGACAAAAUCACAAUGCUGCUAUUUAAUAGGCCUAAUGCUCAGGUUCAACAGCUGACAAGUGUUAUUGUAGUUUUUUUUUUUUUUUCCUUAUGAAUUUACUACUUCUUUUUGGGGAAAAACUGAAGCAUUUCCAUUUCAACAGUGUCAGCAAUGUUAACAUGGGAGACUGAGGGAACUGACACUUUGAUAAACCUCCUCAUUUCCGAGGAGGAUGCUACUCGUGAAGGUGUUUAACCAAUAUAAUUUUUGGACAAAAAAGGUAAGAAUUGUAACCAUAUAGGUGACCUAUUUAUAUACUGAUAUAAAGUAUUUUUUGAAAAAAAAGAUAUGCAAAGAAGCUAUUUACCUACAUGUAUAUUUAAUUUUCUUUUCCUCCUGGGAGCCAGGGGCUAGACUAAAUUACAGAUCUAUUUAACGUUACAAAUACUGUGAUCAUUCGAGAGCACAAACUUGCAUAUCAUGCAAUGUACCGUUUACGUUGAAACUUUAUUUUUAUUUUUUUUUUCCUUUCCAUGUGGGAACAGAUGUAUAUGAUGAUUCAUUAUCUUGACAUUCUUGAAAUCAGAUAUUUUUGUCAUUCUCCUUCAGUAAGCGAUGCCAAUGAAAAAGGGAAGCAUUAUGUUUACAGAUGUGAUUAUUGGAAUGUUUGCCAAAAUAUUUGGUAUCUCUAAUAAACUUUGCCUCCAGCAUUGAAAGUUGAACUUUUAUUUAUUUUAUUUUAUUUUUUUUUAUUAAAGUAAACCAGAAUGUUUGUGCAAUUGUCACAGGGGUCAGCUCUGGCCCUCAAAAGAACCAGCCCGGCUUUCCUGUUACCCAAUUUCAAAACUGUUACUACCCUUUGCAGAGAGAUUUAAAGGGGAACUGUCAGAAGAAGACUUAUAUGCUAUAGACUUGGUGAGCUAGUACCACUCUAAAUUGACCUUUGUUAUAGCGUGACCAGAUCACUUGAAAAUUCAGGGACAGAUCUAGAAAAUCCAGCUAGUGGGUCUGCACUGAUUGCAUUGAAAUGUAACUGCAAUUGCCCUGCAACAUGCAUUUAUUAGAAAUGUCCCUGAAUUUUUAAGUGAUGUAGGCACCCUGCUUUAUUAGCACAUGCACAGGUUUUCUGUAACCAGUUGUCGGCAUUCCUUCUCUCCCGCCAGUUUGGACAGCCUGCACUUUAUAUGAGAUCACUGGAAGCUUGGCAAUAUAUAGGAAUGACAACAUGAAGUGCAGAUGUUUCUGCUUCUUUGUGCGCUGCUGUCCCUUUUGUGUCUCUAGCUUUAUUUAGGGGGUACUAUUGAAUACAUGACAUGUCAAGUGUGUGGCAAGUGUAUAGAAACUUCCCAUUAGGUAGUUUCAUCUCUAAUCUUUUGACUGUUCUCCUUUAAAUCUGUAUCUUUUGUGUUUUUAGCCACAUGUUCCAUAUCACAGAACAGGCAACCAACCAACAGUGCUCUAGAUUUUGUGAAACCCCCGAGUUUCUGGAAGUUAUAGUUAAAUAGUAAACCGGGGUGCUGGUUGCCCCUGCUUAAAUACAAGUCUGUUAAUCAAAGAGACUGUUUAUUACAGUUCAGUAAUGGUGUAGCGAUCAGACUUGGCAACUGGUGUUUAUAUUGUGCUGUACCCAGAGUGAGGCAUUGGCACUAACAGUAUGUAGCAAGCACAGCUUCUGGUUUACAGUAUACAAUGUAUUAGCACUGGAGAUGAUUUUUGUUUUUCUGGGGAAGUCGUGGCUUUAAAGAGCUGUGUUCCGUGUACCAGCCACUGGGGAAUCUAGUUGCCCCUUUCAAUGUGGGCAGUUAAGUAUUUGUUUUACCAACAAAUGUAAUAGUUCCUUUUCAGUAUUGCAAUUGCCAGUUACAGAGCAAUGCAUUGUGUAUCUCAACCUGUGGCUCUCCAGCAUCAGAACUACAAUUCUUUGCUUCCUUAGCUAAUACUAAAGCAAGGAACGAUAAAUUGCAAGAAUAAAAAAAAAAAAACUUUGCUAACAAUCAGGUAUCGAUAUGGAGAAGUCUCUGACAUGGUCGGCUUUUCUUUAACAUGGCAUUCAUUCUGCUAAAUGGCAAGUCUUAAAUAGACCUGUAACCAAAUACAUAUGUUUUAUGCAAUGUUUUGUUCUAAAGGUAUGUUCUCCUACUUGAGUUCAUAUGUGCAUGUGGCACACACCUAUGUAUUUCAUAUGUGCUAAAUAAAUGUUUGACACGUUCCAUUUCUGACCGUAACCAAUACUGAAAUCCAGAGUUCAGUUCAUUUCUUCCACACUAACCAUGUUUUCCUCUGCUAUUGAAAUGUUAACUGUUCACUGUCUGAGGGAAACAAGCUGAGAUUGAAUUGGCUCCUCCGAGCUUUUUCUGUUUCUAGGUUUAUGUAACGUUGUUAUAAUAUGUCAGAACAAAUUAAAACUUCUAUCUUAAAAGGCAA